AACAUCAGAAAUUGGUGGAUGCAAUUCUUUAUAGAUAACGUGGCCCAUUCUUUCAAAUAUUACGCACUCCAUGAAAGCAACUCUCUUCCCUCUCCCUCCCCACCCCCUCCAUAGUCCUAAACAUAUACUAUCACUAUUAUAUUCUUCACUAAUUUCAUUCCCAAUUUUCUACUUGAUUUUCUUUUUCCAUUACAAAAAUGACGGUGUCAGCCGAUGGCCGGUUAUCACUCUCAGCCACCGGCCAGCUAGGUACCACCUUGGCAUUGGCUAGGAGGAGAUGUAGUAGGCUUGCCAAGUUUUCGAAUGGAGAGUUGAUGGGGAAGAAGGUUAACAUGACCCCAAAAUGUCAAAGACUUUGUAAUAAGAAUGUGAAGUCAAAUAUUUGCAUGUCACUUACUACUAACAUAGCUGGGGAGUUUAAGCUAAGGGAUCUAGAGAUGGAGAAAAGGGACCCAAGGACAGUUGUGGCUAUUAUUCUAGGAGGAGGAGCCGGUACUCGCCUUUUCCCGCUCACUAAGCGACGUGCAAAGCCGGCGGUUCCAAUUGGAGGUGCAUACAGGUUGAUUGAUGUUCCAAUGAGCAACUGUAUUAACAGUGGGAUCAACAAAGUGUACAUUCUCACCCAGUUUAACUCGGCUUCGCUUAACCGGCAUAUCUCUCGUGCUUACAACUUCGGCAAUGGGAUUAACUUCGGAGAUGGAUACGUCGAGAUAUUGGCAGCCACACAAACUCCAGGAGAGGCCGGUAAGAGAUGGUUCCAAGGGACUGCAGACGCAGUUCGACAAUUUCACUGGCUGUUCGAGGAUGCAAGAAGUAAGGAAAUCGAAGACGUGCUGAUUUUAUCGGGGGACCACUUAUAUCGAAUGGACUAUAUGGAUUUUGUACAGAACCAUAGGCAGAGCGGUGCAGACAUUACCAUUUCUAGCCUUCCAAUAGAUGAUAGGCGUGCCUCGGACUUCGGUCUAAUGAAGAUAGACAAUAAGGGAAGGAUUCUUUCGUUCAGCGAAAAGCCCAAGGGAGCAGAAUUGAAAGCAAUGGCAGUAGAUACCACAGUUCUAGGACUUUCAAAAGAAGAGGCCGAAAAGAAACCAUAUAUUGCCUCUAUGGGAGUAUAUGUUUUCAAGAAGGAGAUCCUUUUAAACCUUUUGAGAUGGCGUUUUCCAACUGCAAAUGACUUUGGAUCAGAAAUAAUCCCUGCCUCAGCUAAAGAGUUCUUCAUUAAGGCUUAUCUCUUCAAUGAUUAUUGGGAGGAUAUAGGUACUAUCAGGUCUUUCUUUGAAGCAAACCUUGCCCUCACUGAGCAUCCACCAAGGUUUAGUUUCUAUGAUGCAGCAAAGCCAAUAUUUACAUCAAGGAGAAACCUACCCCCAUCAAAAAUCGACAAUUGCAAAGUUGUUGAUUCAAUCAUAUCCCAUGGGAGUUUCUUAAAUAAUUGCUUUAUAGAACACAGCGUUGUUGGUAUUAGAUCCCGAAUCAACGCUGGCGUUCACCUAAAGGAUACAGUGAUGCUUGGGGCAGAUUUUUAUGAAACCGAUGCAGAGAGAGCAGGUCUUUUAUCCGAGGAAGGGGUUCCCGUUGGAAUAGGAGAAAACACUAAAAUCAAGGAUUGUAUCAUUGAUAAAAAUGCCAGAAUAGGGAAGAAUGUAGUCAUUGCCAACUCCGAGGGUGUACAAGAGGCUGAUAGAUCAUCAGAAGGAUUCUACAUACGAUCAGGAAUCAGUGUGAUAUUAAAAAACUCGAUAAUUAAAGAUGGAUUUGUUAUAUAAAUGAAAUGAUUCAUCAUCCAUUUUUGUUGAUUAGAAUUGGAUCAAUCUAGAAAUAAAUUUAAAAGUAUGAAAUGUAUGUAUGUUGGUUGAAAAGUUUUCGUAUUAAUGCGGCCCAUCCUUCCAGAAGAGAUUUACAAUUUCAAAA